UUUUUUUUUUGGGAAGGCUAGCUUUACCUAAUUACUUAAUGGCCGGCCAAUUUAAAUUAACCUUGUUGUCCUUAAGUACUCCUUAUAUAUACCUAGUAAACGAGGAAUAUUAUUAGAACACCUGGCCAGAAACUGCACCAAAUCUGUCUACAGAAACAUUAAUUAGGAGAAGCCUGCGAUGGAUAACACUACUACCACCCACUCAACAAGUUCCACCUAUUCAAUUACUCUCCUCCUUUUGAGGGUCUUAACCUUUAUCUUCCUUGUUAUGGCGCUCAUUUUCAUUUCUAUAAACAAGCUAACAUUUGAUGAAAUUGAUGCAGAAAUCAAGUUUCAUGAUGUCUAUGCUUAUCGAUAUAUGCUCUCUACGAUAGUCAUUGGGUUUGCGUAUAACCUCUUGCAAAUGGGCUUUUCAAUCUUCACAGUGGUCUCAGGAAAGCGUGUAUUAAGCAGUAAUGGUGGUUAUCUAUUUGAUUUCUUUGGUGACAAGAUCAUAGCAUACCUUCUGAUUUCCGGUUCAGCUGCUGGACUUGGUUUCACCGUAGAGCUGCUGCAAGAUAUUCCCUCAGAUUCCUUCACUCAAAAGGCAAAUGUUUCGGCCAGCCUUCUUCUAGUUGGGUUUUUGUUCACUGCCAUAGCAUCAAUUUUCACUUCCUUUGCUUUGCCAAAGAAAGAUAUUAAUUAAUGAGUUGUAUAAUUCAUUACAACAAUUUCUACAACAAUACCCAUUUUCUCUUUCUCAUUGUUGUAAAAACUGUUGUACGAAUUAUAUUUCUCUUAACUAAUUAGCUUGAUGCAGAAAUAAUGAACAUGGAUUAUAUUAUGAUAGUACUUUUUGAUUCCCUUCUCUAGUUAAUUUGCUUUAGUUCAAUUCCUUUGGUGGUCAAUCAAUAUUUGUCGUGGUCAUCUUUGUGUACCAGUGUGUAUGCACUAAUUAGUUAAUUACACCAAAAAAAAACUCUCUGAUCACAAACUCUCUAAUUAGUCAAUGAGUAGUAUCUUAUAAUAAUUUGAUGUUAUACGGUCUUUGAAAAUAA